AUGCUUGCAAUUCUGAAAACCGUUUUAUUAAUUCUGGGAAUAUCGGUGUAUAUUCUGUGCAACACAUACAAAAUACACACCAAACCGGAUGUAAUGCCGUACAUACUUCCGCUAUGGUUCUUCAAUUUAAUACUCCUCAUCAUUUCAUACAUGUUCGCCAAGAAAAGGAAGUACUAUGAUUUUUAUAUUUAUCUGGUCUCUGUUAUGUUGGUUGCCCAGUCGUAUUACUCCUGGAUGAAUAUUAAAAAAUCAAAGGUGAUGGAAGCAAGUAUUGCAGAAACAAGCUCCGUUAUUUUCAUGUGCAUCCUAUCCAGAAUGUUUAUGAAUACGCGGAUUACAAAGCCUCGUGUGCUGGCAAUGAUCAUGACCUCAUUCGGCCUUCUUAUGCCAGUUCUGUUCAGCAAAGAGAAUACAAACAUCCGCUUCACGACUGUAGCGGGACACGUUUUUUGCCAUUUUAUAUUUUGUGUCAUUAACAUAAUACACGAGCUUAAAAUAAAGGCGAAAAUAACAUCCAUAUGGUCGUUUUUCUUCACCUCCAACUUUUUUUGCCUUAUCCUGACCUCACUCGUUCUUGUAUACGAGCUCGUGAGCAAAGGUAUAGAUUUUCGAGGUGUUCUCAGAGACGCAAAGGUUUAUAUAGUUGUAUCAUCAGAAUCGUUUAGCAUUAUUUUCACAUUCGCGCUGAUCUACACAUUUCUCCCUGUGGAAAGAACGUUUUUGAGGCUCCUGAUCAACAUAACAGCGGGGCUUUUUGAGAGCGCUGUUCUUGAUAAGAACCUUAAAAUAUGGGACGUAUUAUCGCUUGCCAUUGUUUCUCUAGGUGUACUAGUCUAUAACAUAGAAUACAUCCGAAAAAGAUUGAAGGAGUUUAAGAAAAGGCUGAAUGACAAUUAA